AUGAUGAUGUUUUAAUUCUAAAAAGCUUAAUACUCCUUAACGAAUACAGCAUUGAGUCAAUCAAACCAAAUCUUGAAAUAGUUGAUUUAAGGUAAAGAGUAAGAUGAAACAGAUAAUAAUUGCCUCACGUUUGGAAUAUGGUCAAAAUAUAAUCCAUUAAGUAAUACAAAUUUGAAAAACUCAUAUGAUUUGUUCGAAAGUAAUUGUUUUUAAGUAAUUAAUGCUUUCGAUUAUGUUACUCAAAGUCUAAUUUUUAUUUAUUAUGAUUGUGUUGAUCCAACGACAAAAGAAAUAAAAAAAUUUAUUUUUGGUUAUACAUAAAAUACUUAUUUUAUAUUUAAAUAACCUAUUGAACCUUCAGAAUAUGAAAAUAUAUGGUACUUUUUAUAAAUAAUCUCUUUCUAAUCUGAAUAAAAAUUAGAAUUUUCUCUUUAUUAUUAGAUUGAUAAUAUUUUUAGAUAAACUGUAAAUAUGAUUAUGCCAGCCAAAGAUUAAUAAAUAUUAAUUACAUUUGGAGGCAACUUAAAAAUAGAUAUUUAAGAUAUAGAAGAAUAUGCAAAAAUAUUUGCAGUCUUUCCAGGCUCUAUUGUUUUAUAAAAUUAUGAAAUGAAAAGAAUUCCAGCAUAAUUUAAUUUUUACGACUAAAUUACUUAAAGUUAUAAGAAAUUAAAAUAAUGUAUUUGUUAAUAUGAUUCAAAAAUUAUUUUUGAUGAUUCUCAUUUAAAAUAACUUGAUUAAAAAAUUUAUGUAUCAAAACAAAUUUAUUGUAAUUCAUAUACACUUAGUGGUUGGUUUUAAAUAUAAAAUCUUUAUUAAUAAUCUGAAGAGUUUACUUAUUAAUUUUUGAAAAUAAGUACUAAUUUAGAUAGAUUUCAGAAUGAAAAUUUAGUCACAUUUUAAUUUUUUUAUCAAAUCUCACCUAUUAAUAAUAAAAUACUUAUUACAACAUAUAAAUAUGAUUUUCCAAUUGUAACAUAAGACUUUGUAAAUAAUGAAUUUCUUAUUAAAAGAGAAUUUAUUAUAUCAAAUAAUCUUACUUGUUGGCAAUUUUUAUUUCUUAAUCUAGAUGAAAAUACAUUAGAUUUUUAAAUUACAUUUCAUGAUGAUCAAAAUAUUUAAACAUACUAAUCAUUAAUAGAUAUUAAAUAAUUUCAUGACUGUUAAUUUAAAAUAACAUAUGGAAAUAUAUAAUAAACAGAUUUAAAUUAUAUUGAUAUAAUUGUUAGAAAUAUGAUAUUUACAAACUGUAUUUAAUAUAAAACAUUGGUAAAAUGUCAUCUUAGUUGUAAAGAAUGUGAUGGUCCUAGUUAAUAUAAUUGUUUAACUUGUUCUGAAGAAUCAAAUAGAAUAUAUAUUCCAGAAUUUAAGCGUUGUGUUUGUCCAUAUUCAUCAAUCGAUUAAGAAAAUGAAUGUAUUAAUUAUCGAGACUAAAGAUUAAGGUUAGAUUACAAAGAGAAAAGGAAUUAAAAAUGUGAAUAGGGUUUUUUUGAAUUAGAUGGUGAUUGUUUUAAAUGGUAAUUUAUAAUUAUUUAUAUUUAUUAGUCCAUCAAGAAUAAAAGAAAAUUUGAUAACUUGCUCUGAAUGUUAUUUAAACGUUCAAACGUGGAGAAAUGCUCCUAUAUGUUCUCAAUAUUUAGUAUAUGAUAAAUAAUAUCAAUACUUAUUGUAUCAGCAAUUACUAAAUGUAUAUCUUUUUGAUGGUUCAGAUCUUCUCUUUUAUCAAAAUUCUUUAGAGAUGAAUUAAGGUAAUAUUCAAGAUGAGUUAUUACUUUAUAACUAGUAUAAUUUGAAUAUUAAUCCCUUUUAGUUUUUUUGUAACAAAUAGUCAGAUAGAAUUUAUGAUGAAAAUUCUUGUUAUGAAUGCCUAAUUAAAUAAUGUCUAGUUUGUGGUCUUUAAAUUGAUAAUUACAUUUGCCUUAAAUGUGAAAAAGAAUAUAAAUUAUAAGAUGGUAAAUGUAUUUCAAGUUAUGUAAAUUUUAAUCAUACUUCAUGUUAACCACCAUAUUAUGCAACAUUUAAGAGGAAAUGUGAAUUAUGUCAAUUGAAAAAUUGUCUUUAUUGUUUUGAGUAUUUUAAAAACUAUGAUGAAUUUGGAUUUACAAUUGAAUAUGAAAAAAAUAUUGUUUUGCCUUUUCAUACUUAAUAUAAAGGUGCUGGUUGUUUAUUAUGUGAAAAAGGCUUUAAUUUUGAUUUCAGUUUAGGUGUUUGUUUAGAUAGAGUUCCAACAAUUAAAAAUUGUUUAACAUCUUGUGUUAGUAUAAGAAAUGAGGAAUUAUGUAUUGCAUCUUCUUUAGAUAAUUUUUAAGUUUCUAGAGAAAUUACUAUUUGUGAUUCAUAUAUACCAAAUUGUUAAGAAUGUUUCUUAGAUUAUCUUAAAGUUGUAAAAUGUAUUUCAUGUAUAUCUGGUUUUGAAUUACAAAUAGGAUAAUGUUAUUAAAAUUAAGAAUAAAUACCAAAUAAUUAAUAAACAUUUUGGAAUUUGAAAAUAUAAAGUUUCUUAAUUAAUAUAGUUUAUGAUGCUGAAUAAGACUAAAAAAUUAUAAAAUUAACUCAAUGUGGAAAAAAUUGUAAUUCUUGUGUAUUAUCAUUUGGUGAGUAUAAGUGUGAAGAAUGUGAUAAAAAAAGUAUUGAUUAAUAAAUUUGGUUUUAGUAUGAGAUGUGUGAAUAAUGUUCUCAAAUUUGUUAAGUUUGUUAAAUACGUGAAGAGCGAGAGAUUGAGGUAAAUAUAAUAUUAUUAUAAUAAGAAAUUUGCCCCACUACUAUCAACUUAAUACUAUAAUACUAUUUACACUAGGUUUUGCUUAAAACCUAAAAUAGAUCCUUCAAUUUAUUAUGAUCCUUAUUAUAAGUCAGUCAAAUAUUGUGAGAAUGCUGACUGUAAUAACGAACUUACUUAUGAAGUCUUUUAAAUGAGUUGCAAUUUCGAAAGAUUUCCAAGAGAUUUAGAUUAUUUUCGUAUAAGUCCUGAAUAUUUAAAUGGUAUUGGAGCUGAUUCUAUUACAAUUAUUAUCAAAAUGGAAGUAGAAGAUGAAAUUUGCAUUCUUAUGCCAACUUUAUAAUCAACAGCCUCUUUAAAAUAAGUUAUUUUUACUUUAAAAACUGUUCAUUUUUAAUUAAUAUCAUCAUAUCCCUUCAAAAUGGAAAUUUAUAAUCCUUUUUCAAUUGAAGAAUAUGAUUCCUUUACUAUGAUUGGUUUUAAUCUAAUCUUAGUUAAUUUUGAUACAAUAUAUUUUAAUUUAAAAAAUAAAAUUAAUUAAGUCGAUAUCAAAUUUAUAAAUCUUACUAUUAUAGAUAGUUAAAUAAAAAAUGUUUAAUCACUAUUUAAAGCGGAUCAAUUUGGUGAUGUAGAAUUAUAGAAUAUAUCUAUUAUCAACACAUAAUUUACUAAUUCAUCAUUAUUCAACUUUAAUUAAUUUAGUUUAAAUGGUGUAAUCAAUAUCAAUUCAAUAUAUAUUUAUAAUUGCACUUUUAUAGAUUCAAUUCUGUUUGAAUUUUCUUCUACUAAAUUUACUAUUCAAUUCUAAAAUGUAACAAUAGAUUUAUGUCAUUUAUCAAAUUCAUCUAUUUUUUAUUUUAGAUCUAACAGUCUUCUCUAAGUAAGUUUAUACCUUAUUACCAUUUAAAUAUUUUAAACUAAUUUUUAUAGCUCUUAGUUUUUUUUCUGCUCUUAAUUUAUAGGUGUUAUUGCUCUAAAAAUAAUCUUUAAUAAUAACUAUUUAUAAAAUUCAGUUAUUCUUGGAUUUAGUUCUCAUUUAGAGUCAUCUUAUAUUGAUAUUAAAAACAAUACUUUUAUUGAAUCAUAAUUUAUCUCAACUAUUUAAAUUAUCAAUUAAGAUUCAAUUCUAUGUAGUAUUAAAGAAUUGCUUAUUAAAAACAAUAAUUUUCAAAAUUCUAAUUUAUUUAGAUUUUUUUCAAAUUUUCAAGCUAAUGAUUUACUUGUUAUUAUUUAAAAUGUUCUCAUUUAAUUUAAUGAAGGAAGUAUUAACACUGAUUAACUUAGUUAUUUAUUUAACAUUAAUAGUAAAAAAAUGAUUCUUUAAAAUUUUGUUAUUAAUGAUAAUUUCAGAACCUAUAUUCUAUAUCUAUACGAUAGUGCUGAUAUUUAGCUUUUAAAUUAUACUUUUAGAAAUUCCUAGAUUUAACUUAAAGUAUCUUCAUAAUCUAAUUGUUUAUCAAAAUUAAAUAUUUAAAACUAAUUAUUACAAAUAGUUGGAUUUGAUAAAAUUAUGAUUUCUAAUUUUAAGAUUUUUAAUUUACAAAGUAUAGAUGAAUCUAUAAUUAAAAUUAUGUCUAGCAGUUAAUAUUAUUAAGAAUAAGUUGGAUAAAUAAAAUUAAUAAAUUUAGAAUUUAAUGGAAAUCUUUUACUUUCUCUUAAUUCAAUCAUUUACUUCUCGCUUGUAUCAAUUAUUUCUGAUAAAAAUUUAGAUAUUCAAAUUGAAAAUGUAUUAUUUUAUAAAAAUAUUAUGCAUGUGUAUAAUGAAAAUUCAUUAAAAGAUUCUGCAGCAUUAAUAUAUAUUGCAACUUUACAAAGUACAAUCUUGAUUGAAAAUUUACAUUGCAAUUAAAAUGCAAUGACUAAUUCAUCUAAUUCUUUUAUUAAUAUUGCCUCAAAAAACUUAAAAAUUAAUAAUUUAUUAGUAUAAAAUCAUAAUGUAUUACCUAUAAAAGUUUGGAAUGAUUAUUAUGAUUUAACUGUAGUAGAUUAAGAAGAUAUUAAAAUAUUGAUUAUGUAGAUUUUUCACAUAAAAACUAUUGGUGGUGUUGCCUACAUUUAAGCAGCAAAUUUUAUAUGUAAAAAUGUAACCAUCGAAAAAAUAAUAGCAGCAAAAAGUUCAGUAUUUGAUAUUCUAACUUCGAAUGAAGGAAUUAUUUUGAUAUCAAAUUUAAAUGUUCAUUAAACGAUCAAUAAUCUUUAGGAAAAAAUUGACAGUUCAGGAUGCAUUAGUGUAAAUUCUUAAUAUAGUUCAUUGAAUUUUACAAUUAUUCAAGCAAACUUUUAAAAUAUUGUUAAUCGAAUGUCUUCAGCCAUUUUAACAAUAAUCCCUUCUUUAAUUAGCAAUAAAUUAAUUUUCUAAAGUUUGACGAUAAUUGACUGUGUUUCAUUAAAAAAUUAAAUUGUUAAAAUUUUAUUCCUUUCAUAAAUUAAUAAAUAAAAUUCAAUUUCUUUUUUUGAUUUAAAGAUUAUUUAAAAUAAAGAUGCUUGGAUAAAUCUUUUCUCAGAUAUUGGAGAAUUAUAGCAAAAUGAAAUAAUAGAAAUAACUGGAAAUGAUAAUGCUUUAAUUUAUUUAGAAAACUGCGAUAUGACAUUAAAAAAUAUUUAUAUUGAAGGAAUGCUUUUUUCAAGGGCAAUCAAACUAAAUAAUAUAAAUAAUUUAGUCAUGUUUAAUUGUUAUUUUUAAAAUAUAUUAAGUAUUUUCACAUAAAAUCUCAUAUCUAUAAGUUUAACAACAUAAUAGAAAUGUAAAAUUUCCUUAAAAGCAGUAAAUUUUUUCAAAGCCUCUAUGUAUAAUGCUAAAAUGGAAUAAAAUUAAGUUAAAUAAUAAUAAAAAAGUUAAUAUUUAAUUUCUGGAUGUUCUAUAAUUUAAUCUUCUUCCUAAUUUUAACCAUAAGAUUAUUUUUACAACAAUAUAAUUUACCUUACAUAAUCAUUAGUAUAACCAACCUCAAUUCUAUAUAUUUAGAGCUAAUCAAAUUAAACAAUUUUAUUAUUUGAUAUGGUAAAUUUUGAAAAUAAUAAUUAUUCUGCUAGUUAAGAUGGAAUCAUACAUUUUGAUGAAAUAAAUUUUCAUAGAUUAAAAAUUUUGAGAUUAAAUUGUAAUUUUAAUUAAAUAAAGAACUAUGGAUGUUUAAAUAUAAUAAGUAAUAGUAAUACUUCAUAAUAAGUAUAAAUUGAAAACUCAAACUUUAUCUAAAAUAUUGGAACUUAAGGAAUAGCAAUAAAAGGAAGUGAGGUUUUUUUAAAGUUAGAUUAAUGUAAAAUAGUAUUAAAUAUUGCCCUUUCUUAAGGUGGUGGUUUAUAUUUGCAACUGAAUACAAAAUAGUUUUUCAUUUUAAACACUAUACUAAUUAAUAAUAAAGCUUAAGAAGGUGGAGGAAUUUACUUUGAAGAUGACAAUGAUCUUAUAAAAAAGAAAUUUCUUCACACUUUUCUAAAUUUCAACACAGCAUAAAUUUAUGGUAAUAAUCUAGUGGAACAUCCUGAUCAUUUGACUAUUUAUAUUAAUUCAAAGGAAAUGUCAUCUAGUUAUUAAAUGAAGAAUAAUAUAUCAACUAGAGUUCUAAAAAUAAAGCCAUAAAAAGUUAUAGAAUAGGGAAAAUCAAUUAUUUCAGAUAUGUUCAUGAUUCCUAGCACAUAAGUCAUUAAUUCUUAUUAAAUAUUUAUUUUAAAAUAGGCUGCUUUUAUAAAUUACAUAAAGAAUAUAAAUAUUUAUUUUUUAAAUAGUAAGGGAGAAUUACUUUUUAAUCUUUAAAAUUCAACAUGUUAAGUAGCAGAUCUAAUAGUAAAAUCAGAUAAUCAAGAAAUAUAAGGAUCUACUAUUUAUGAGAUAUUAUAAUUUUAAGCUACUAGUAAUAACUUUGAAUUAGGUACAUUAGCUUUUCGUCUUGAUCCAUAUUAAAACGAAUAAAGUCAUUUAUAAAUUUAAAUAUCAUGCAAAACAUAAAAAACUUAAAAUGAAUUAAAAUAUAUCAUUAAUGCAAAAAGUUUUAAAUGUCAAUUAGGAGAAUUCUAUAUUGAAAAUGGUUGCUAAAUGUGCAAAUCAAGUUAAGGAUUUUAUAGUGUAACUUAUGAUGCAAUUAAAUGUUCUAUUUAUGAUAAAACUAAAUUCUAAAGUAUUAAUUCAAACAUGAUAAAUUUACGAUAAGGAUAUUGGAGACCUAAUCAUUUAUCUGAUUAUACAGAGGAAUGUUAUAAAAAUACUGAAUUUUGUUUAGGAGGAUGGCAAGUCGGUGAUAUUACAUGUAAAGUAGGACAUAUUGGAGCUUUGUGUGAAAUAUGUGAUAUAUAUAAUAUUAGGGGACAUGGAUAAUUUUUUAAAAAUCAAUAAAAUUUAAAUUGUCUCUCAUGUUCUGGAGAUGAAAGCAGUAUCUUUCCAUUUUUAUUAGCUCUAUUUUAGUAAAUAUUAUUUUUAAAAUUAGAGUAUUGUUAUCUAUAACUUUAACCUUAAAAAGUAUCAAUAAGUCAAAUUUAUUAUUCAGUUCCCUUAGAAUUUUCUAAAAAUUUAGCAAAAUUAUAUUUAAACUUAAUUAAGGUAAUUCUAAAUUUAAAAUUAGAUCAUGAAGGUAUAUUAAUUAAAAUCUUAUUAAAUUAUUUAUGGAUUUUUUCAUCAAUAUUUUCUUUUAACAUCUAAUUUUCAUUUUCAAUCUAUUUUAUUGAAUAAUCUAGUAAUAGCUUUUAUUUUAUGGUCAAUAAUUUAGAUUGUUAUUUAUCAGAUAUACAAAUACACUUAAUUUAUUUUAAGGUUUUUUUCAUAUUGUUAUUAAUGUUGCUAUAAUUUUAUUUUAUACUUGUACUCUCAUUUUUGUAUCACAAACUAUUAAAACGAAAUAUGGAUAACAGUCUACUUUCAAGUACAUUGCUAUACUUAUAUUUAUUUAAUUAUGGAGGAUUAAUAAAAAUGUAUAAAUAUUUUAUUUUACUACUUAGGUUAUGUUCAUCUCUAUCUGUUAGAUAAAUAUCAAAUAUUAAUUAUAUACAAGGAGAUGUUUCUCUAUUAUUUGAUAAAGAAGAACAUUAUUUAUGGAUUUACUUUUUAAUCAUACCACUUUUAUUUAUUUUUGGUUGUUUAUUACCGUUUUCCUUAUUUUUAAUGAUGUUUAUGAAUAGACAUCAAUUAGAUAAAAUUAAAUUCAGAAAACAUAUCUGUUAUUUAUUUAAUGAAUACCAUGAAAAAACAUAUUAUUGGGAAUAAAUUAAAUUAAUUUAAAAAGCCAUUAUAAUUUUAAUAACAACUAAUUUUGAAAACAAUUUAUUAAUAAAGACAGCUUUUUUAGGAUUAUGCCUACAUAUAUACCAAAUCUUAGCCAUUAAGAAAAAACCUUAUAUUAUUUCCAAAUUUAAUAAUUUAGAUUUGUAAUCAGGAUAAAUUUGUUUAAUUUCUAUUUUUCUUGCUGCCUCUUAAUAUGAGAGUUAAGUUUUGUAAAAUCACUUUUUUUCAAUGUGUCUUUAAAUUAUAUUGAUUUUAUUAUUAUUUAGACUUAGUUAUCCUUUUAUUUUAAAUAUUGCCACUAUUUACUAUUAAAAAUAUGCAUUUUUCUUUUUGAAAAUAAUUCAUUAAUUUUUAAAUCGUCAAAAAUUAUACCUCAAAUAUGUUAAAAAAUGUGGGCUUUUUCUAGAUAAGAAAAUUAAAAAAAAAGAACAAUUGCAAAUGAAUAUUCUCAAAAUUAGAUAAUUAGUAUUGAAUAAAAUUGAAACUGAAAAAAAAGAAAUUACAUCAUCAAACAUUUAGAUUGUAAAAUCUUUUUCAAGAAGGCAUCUUUUUAAAACAGUGAUAAACAGCAAGGCCUCUCUUGUUGAAAUAAAUAAUUAAUUAUGA